UCCGCCACACAUUUAUCUCAACUGUCGACCCAGCCGGAGCGACGUGAGCAGCGCGGAACCUUCUGCAUGUGAAGACACCCUGAAUGGACUACCACGGCACCGAACCAACGUUAGGCCACCUUUUUAUUUCAUUGAGGAAAAGAAAAACAAUAUCUGUCUACGUUUGAUAGUGUGGAAAGCGCGUGGGGAUGCUUCGCGCGGGUGUUGUGAGAGAAACGCGCGCGCUUAAUGAUAAGUAUUUAGACAAGCAGCUAAUUAUCUAGUAAUUACAUAAGUGGUAUUUAAACCGCCAGUGUGGUUCGCGUGUCUGCUAGGAGGCUAAAAUUAGAACAACGCGCUGCCAACGGAGGACCCUGCAGUGUUUAUUCAGUAGGACUUUUUUUAUUUUUCAUCAAAGCACCUUGGAUUUCUGUCGUUAUCACAAAGCAAGUGUGGAGCCGAGGUCAAAACAAUUCAAGACAGGACACUACAAGCUGUGUGUGUCUGAGUGUGUGUCUAUCUGCGCUGGAGGGAGUGAGUCAAUCACAGCAGCAGAAAUCAUCCCUGCGGGCGAUCUGUCUCCACUCAUGACAAGGCUCCUAAGGCACUUAUCUUUCCUUCCUUGACUCAUUCCAUCCAAACAUCCCUCAUCCCUCCCUCUAUCUCCACCUCUCCUCAUUCUCUCUUCCUAUUCUCUAUCCCUUCCAAGGUUUGUCUCGUGCCCUGGCACUGCAAUUAACUUCUCAUCAUCAAAGGCUCUAAUGAAAAACAAUGCGAGAUAGAGAGUCAGACAGAGGAAGGGAAGCUGUGCGAGAGGGAGGAUAAGAGGGAUGACACCAGAGGAGAGUGAACAGAGACCUGACUCGGAGAGAGAGAUGACCCUAGUUUUGUCCAUGAAUCCUUUCCUGGACCCAGAGGGAGACCCUCCGCUCUCCACAUACCAGCCCAUAUGGGAAUCGGAGCGUUGCACUAAGACCUGCCUGUCGGACCCUGCUCCACCAUGCAGCUCUGAGGAGCAAUGUACACAAGAAACCCCCUGCAGGCGAGUUCCUGAUCAUGUUUCAGUAUCAAGGAUUGCAUACUUCAAGAGGAAGUUUGUUGAUGAUGAUGAUGAGUCUCCCUUCAGCUUCAGGACGUACUGCCAGACUGUUGCACCGGUGUUGGAGGAGCGUGCCCAUGUGCUGCGCCUCUCCCUGGAGAAGAUGCGCUUCAUUGACGACCCUGAGGCCUUCCUCCGACGCUCUGUCCUUGUUAACAACCUCCUUCGGCGCCUGCGAGCUGAGAUUCUGCUCCAGAGCACAGACUGGUGCUUCCCACCCAACCCAGCAUUUACCACGGGCCCCUGCGUCCCGGCACCAAGCACUAACCCAAGUCACCAGGCACUCCACGGAGCAGUACCAACCCGGAUCUGCAUAGCACCCCAAGCUGGACCGCCCUUCCGUAAGCGCCUCCGAAUGGUGCGUGGGGGGCAGGGGGAUCUACGCCCCGACUGUGCCCAGACAUGCUGCUGCAUCUAUGCAGCGGCAGCCGCUGCAGGACACUACCUCCACCUCCCGUUCUCCAUGUAUGAUGCAGCACUUUCAACGUCCACACCACACUUUUUUCAGCUAGCUAGCCAUAGUAAGUUAGGACUGACAGUGGCCAUAGAGGAGCAUGAUGAUGAGGAUGAAGAUGUUGAGGACGAGGAGGAGGAAAAUGAAGAGGAAGAAGAAAGGGAAGAGGAGGAAGAAGAAGAAGAAGAAGAAGAGGAAGAGGAUGACAGAAGAGAGGCUGGGCCUUCCCUCAAUGUUGUUAAGGACAACUCAAGCCAGAAAAGUAGGACUAGGACCUUGCUGGGUCACGCACACACAAGGACAGAGGAGGAGAGCUGCAUGACAGAUAGGGUAGAAGAGGAGGAUGAGGGAGAGCAGGAGGAGGACGAGGAGGAGGAAGAAGAGGGGCAGGUUGUGGACUCUACUGCCACAGGAAGGGAUCUCCACAAGGUCAGCCUGUGGCACCGCAGGGCUCACAGACAAUGAUUGUGCUCUCUGAGAAUGUAAAUGUAACGAUGACGACAGCUGUCAUCAGUUGAAGAUUAUUUCUCCUCAUAGCAGAUGAAGGUGUGAGCUAUCUACACUAUAGUAAUGCCAAGUCAGCUUUAUUGUAAUGCUCUAAUAUCGAUUGCACUCAGACAAACUCCAUUCAACUCUAUUGCUUAUGUUAUGGUCAAAUAAAAUGAUAAAAUACACAAAACAGAUCUUGGCCACUGUUGGCACUGGAACAUUUUCUUAAACAAUGAUAUAUAUAUAGGCUAAGGUCACAUGGUGGCAUCAUAAAUCCUAAAAGUGAAGUGAAGGGUCUCCAAGACCAUUUUCAAGCCCCAUUGCACAAAACUAAAGGUCUCAAGUGGGGCUUUAUAUUGGUGCACCGGUCUUGUUCCAGGACCCUAAACAAGCCUGCAAAAUGAAGUGUUGUGGAUUUGGGAGUGUGUGCUUCUGUGUGUGUAUGUGCGUGUGUUUGCAAGAUAUUAUGUAGCAUUUUAAAACUUGAUUUAAGCCGCUCUUUUUCUUAAACAUUGGUUGAUUUUGAUGCUGUCUCAGGCAAUGGCGGGCGACUGUGCUGCAGUGGCGGCACCAUGUGUAUUCUUCAAAUUAUUUUAAGACAACAAUCAUACACAUUGGAAAUGUUAAAUCACAAGUUCAAGUGCCUUAGUGUUUUUAUAGAUACGUGUAUAUUGUGUGUUAAUGUAAUUGUUCUUGUUACUAAGUAUCUUGCAUUCCAAGUGACUGCGUUGACUAAGACAGGACACAGGCAUGUAGUGAAAUGCAGGGAUUCUUUUAAAUGUCUAUGAAAGUUCAAAGAAACUAAAUUUCCACACCCAAAAUGUGUUCUUAUUGUUUUACUUCAAAAUGCAUGUUUUCUAGGAUUACCUGUCUUGACAAUGCACAAACCCUAACCCAACUUUCAAGGGCAGUUGCUAAAGCCUUGAAAAAAUAAUUGUGUUCAAAAGCUCCUUUAGUUGGAUUCUAUCAGAAAAGGCUUGUCAUGGUUUGGUUGGUCUGUCCGUUGAUGAGGUUUUACCAAAAAGAGAGUUGAAGUCUGUCUGCAGCAUUAUCAAACAGUCACCUUCAUCAUAGAAAUACAUGUGUAGCAAACACAACGGGACAAGUCAGACUUUAAGUUAAAGGAGUAAUUUGACAUUUUAGGAAAUAUACUUGCAAAUAUACAGAGAGUUCGAUGAGAAGAUCAGUCCCAAAGUUAACAAAAUCAUCUUACCAGCUCCCCUACAGCUCACUAAUUAACACGUUGUAUCACUGUGGUCACAUUCCUGGGGCCAGAUGUGUAAAUCUAUAUGUAGAUUCACGACUAAAAAAACAGAAAUACUCAUACGCAUUUCUUUCCGUCAGAUUUUUCAAGCCUCAUGUACGCCUGAUUUUGUUUUAGAAAUCUCAAUUGUUGUGGACCAAGUGCUCAAGCCUCAUGUCCACACUCACAGUGAACAUACCUUUGCAUAUGGAUACCUGUGCCGGCUCCACCACUCAUUAGACCUGUCGAUGACAUGUCUGCAAACCAUCAUUGCAGUAGAAUUCUCAAUUAUCAUUAUUAUUAAGCAUCAGAAGGAUGGAUACAACUAAAGACCAUUAACAGGGAGAUGAUGUCUAACAUUAAAUUGAAAUGAUGAUGAAAUGCUGUUUAUCUGUGAAAUCUGAAAACAACCUGUUUCUCAACUUAUAUUUCAUGUCCUCCUUAUCAUUUCACCCGCAGCUAUCUCAGCUGAAACGUACGGCUGGUCUGAAGCGUGCAUGAUGUGCACACAUUCUUCUGUUAUAAAUACCAGUGUAUGUGCACACAUGGUUUUUGUGCAUGAGCAUCGUUUUUUUCCUGGUUGUUGCUCAACCAGGGAGUUUCUGCACCGGGCCAAGCCCAAUGCAUAACCCUAUGCAACACCACAAAGUGUCGUUGUUACUCUUGUGUUGUAUGGAUUAAACCAACAAUGAGGUGAUAAGAGAGCUGUAGAGGUGCUGGGAGGCUGAUGAUGUUACCUUUAGAGAGUCAGGCUAGCUGUUUCUACCUGUUUCCAGUCUUUAUGCUAAGCUAAGCAACUGGUUGCUGUUUGUAGCUUCAUAUUUACUUUACAGACAUGACAGUGAUAUCGAUCUAAAGUAACUCGACAGGAAAGGGACUACAAUACAACACAUGUUCUCCCUGUGUCACAGUGUACAUAUACAUGUAUCUCAACAUACAUACAUAACAUGUAUACCGAACCCCUUCAGCGGCUAACAGACCAAACAUCUUCUAGACUAAAAUAAACCAAUCAAGGACAGAUACAAUACAAAAGCAUUUCUAAUCUACGUAUAUGAGCCUUUCUGUCAUGAUGGCAUGAUCAGUGGUUUCUUGUUUGUUGGUGUGUCUCGUUUGGCACCUCUGAAGAUUUGGGUCCUCACACUGAUGACAACCACAAACCAAAGGUGUUUACAAAUGUAAAGAUUAUAUCAGUCAGUAGUGUUUCUUUCUUUUUUGUGACGUACAAUUAGGUACAAGAAUUGGAUGAUCUCAGUCUCUUUGUGAGGUGGAAUUAUAACUGCUUGUUUUUCAGAUGUACAAAAUAACAGUUUGCAUCCCUCAGACUGUUUUGGCAUCACAGUGACACAUCUACAACUAGACAAGUCCAGUACCAGACUAUUUCAUUUCAUUUCUCUAAACCCUAAAUGAUAAAACCCAGUGAUUAUCGGUGGUAUUUUUUAAAGAUGAACAUUUUUGACAAAGCAGUAUUUGUUUCUGAGACAAGAACAUGUAACUGCGUUGUUUGUUAUUAAAAAAAACAAAAGAGCGAGUCUGCUCUGAUCAUUUUAUGUGAUGUUCCGUGACAAGUGUAAAGAUCAGU